AUGCAGGAGGAGCAGCUCUACCAGUGCUCCCAGUGUGGCAAAAGAUUUAGCAAGCACACCAAUCUGGUGAGACACAAGAGAACUCACACUAGGGAGAAACGCUUUGAAUGUCCCGUUUGUGGGAAAAGUUUCAGUCAGAAUUCCAACCUGGUAAAGCACCAGUGGACUCACACGGGUGAUAAACCAUAUCAAUGUUUGGAUUGUGGGAAAUGUUUCAGUCAGAAUUGCCAUCUCGACAUACACAGGAGAACUCACACGGGAGAUAAACCAUAUCAGUGUUUGGAUUGUGGGAAAAGUUUCAGUCAAAAUUCCUACCUGGUGGGACACCAGAGGAUACACACAGGAGAAAACCCAUAUGAAUGUCCUGAUUGUGGGAAAAAAUUCUUUAGAAAUUCCAGCCUGAAAACUCACACAGGAGAGAAACCAUAUGAGUGUCUGCAUUGUGGAAAAAGAUUUGGUGAGAAUUCCAAUCUGAAUUCCUACCUGGUGGGACACCAGAGGAUACACACAGGAGAAAACCCAUAUGAAUGUCCUGAUUGUGGGAAAAUUUUCAUUCGAAAUUCUCACCUGAGUUCCCACCUGGUUAAUCAUCAGAGGACUCACAAAGGAGAGAAACCGUAUGAGUGCCCAGAGUGUGGAAGAGGUUUCACUUGUAAUUCCUACCUGUUUAGACAUCAGAGGACUCACAUAGGAGAGAAACCAUAUGAAUGCCCAGAUUGUGGAAAGGGUUUCUCUCAGAAAUAUAACAUGGUGAAACAUCAGUCUACUCACAUAGAAGAGAAAUCAUAUAAAUGUCGUGAUUGUGGGAAAUGUUUCAGUCAGAAUUCCUAUCUGGUAAUACACCAGAGGAAUCAUACGGGAGAAAAACCGCAUGAGUGUAUAGAUUGUGGGAAAAAUUUCAGAUGGAAUGCUGAGCUGGCCCGACUCCACACUGAGCUGAACCAGUGUGGAAAAAAGAGCUUAUUGUUUUCACAGAACUAUGAGAAGACAUGCUAG